GUGCACCACCAUGCCAAAAUGGAGGGAUGUGUCUACGACCUCAGCUCUGUGUGUGCAAACCAGGGACAAAAGGUAACUCCUGUGAGAAAACUGUCAUGCAAGAUACUUCAUCUGUUGGAGGUCGGGGUCCUAUGGGUCCCCCGUGGCCCAUACCUCAGCAAUCUACUCAACAGACUUUUUCUAAGAAGGUUGUGCUUCCGCAAAAAGUUGGUCCAAUGGCUCAAAUGGCCUUCACACUCAAGCAGAAGCCACCUGUUGGAUUACCUCAGCAAAUGAAACCACAGGUCCCUCUUGCUGGCAUGAUACUGGCUCCAGGGAAGAAUGGAUUGCUUACCUUUUUCCAGAAGAAGCUGGAGCAAGCACACAGGGUGAUUUGAUUUCUGGAGUAUCUUGUAUUCAAAAUAAAUAAUGCAUUCAGA